CCGCGUCUCUAAUUUCAGUUCAUGGACACGUCGUUGAACGUGGGAAAAAAUGACCGUGAUAGCUAGCUAACUUGAACGAAAAAAAUUGGGAAAAACAUGUCAAAACAGCUCUUUCUGCCGUCGGUGUAUUUGCUUACACCUAACUGGUUGAUCAGGAUGAUACUCCUAAGAAGUCCAUUGAACAGACGGAGACGGUAAGGGUGUUUGGAUGCCGACACCUUCAGCCGUGUGUCUCCAAUUGGACCUACACAUCGGAAGACCUUUAAGCCAUGGGAAGGAUCAGCUUCUCCUGCCUUUUCCCAGCCUCCUGGCACUUCAGCCUGUCCCCUGUGGGGCUCCCCCGCCUCCUGCUGCCCUCCUUCAGGCAGCUGCUGUUCGUGAGCCUGCUGGCAGGACUCCUGGGGCUGCUCUACCUCCUGCUGGUGAUGGGCAAGGGCCAGUAUAGCUGGGCCAGCCAGGACAACCAGUUUCAUAGGCACUUUGCGCAUGUGACCGACAUAGACGCCACCGACACCAGCAACCCCGAGCUGAACUACGGCCUGGUGGUGGACUGCGGCAGCAGCGGCUCCCGGGUCUUCGUGUACUGCUGGCCCCGGCACAACGGCAACCCCCACGACCUGCUGGACAUCCGGCAGAUGAGGGACCAGCACAGGAAGCCCGUGGUCAUGAAGAUAAAGCCUGGCAUCUCAGAACUGGCCACAACACCAGAAAAAGCCAGUGAUUAUAUCUACCCUCUGCUGAGCUUUGCUGCCCAGCACAUCCCAAAGAGCAAGCACCAGGAGACCCCCCUCUACAUCCUCUGCACUGCUGGAAUGAGGGUCCUCCCAGAGAGUCAACAGGAAGCGUUGUUGGAGGAUUUGCGGACUGACAUCCCAGUGCAUUUUAACUUCCUGUUUUCCGACUCCCACGUGGAGGUCAUAUCCGGCAAGCAGGAGGGUGUGUAUGCGUGGAUCGGGAUCAACUUUGUCCUCGGGAGAUUCAACCAUGUAGACGAUGAGAACGAGGCGGUGGUUGAGGUGCAGGUCCCCGGCAACGACCAGCAGGAGGCACUAGUGCGCAAACGGACCGCCGGCGUGCUGGACAUGGGGGGGGUGUCCACGCAGAUUGCGUACGAAGUGCCCAAAACUGUAAGCUUUGCCUCUCCACAGCAGGAGGAGGUGGCAAAGAACCUGCUGGCGGAGUUUAACCUGGGCUGCGACGCCCAUCGCACCGAUCACGUGUACCGCGUCUACGUGUCCACCUUCCUGGGCUUCGGCGGGAACGCCGCUCGCCAGAGAUACGAGGAGAACAUCGUCGGGAAGACCCUCCUGCGGAACAAGCUCCUGGGCCAGCACGUGGGGGAGACGGUGGACUUGCCGUACCUGGACCCCUGCCUGCCCGUGGACCUGCAGGAUGAGGUGGGCCCGUCCGGGCAGAGGGUCCAUCUCCGGGGCACGGGAGACUUCAACCUCUGCAGGCAGCUGCUGCUGCCCUUCCUCAACCACACCAACGACACACAGUCCUCACUCAACGGCGUCUACCAGCCGCCCAUCGACUACCGCAACAGCCAGUUCUACGGCUUCUCUGAGUUCUACUACUGCACCGAGGACGUUCUGCGCAUGGGUGGAGGCUACAACGCCACCAAGUACAGCCGUGCUGCCAAGAGUUACUGCGCCACCCAAUGGAGAACCCUGAAAGAGCAUUUUGACCGGGGCCUGUACGCCUCCCACGCUGACCUGCACAGGCUCAAGUACCAGUGUUUUAAAUCCGCGUGGAUGUAUGAGGUCUUCCACUCCGGCUUCUCCUUCCCCACCACGUAUGAGAACCUGAGGACCGCCCUGCUGGUCUACGACAAGGAGGUGCAGUGGACCCUGGGAGCCAUACUUUACAGAACACGCUUCCUUCCUCUGAGGGACAUUCAGCAGGAGAUCCUGAAGGGGGCGCACUCGCACUGGCGCCGCAGCUUCUCCUUCGUCAACAACCACUACCUUUUCCUGGCCUGCUUCCUGGUGGUGGUGCUGUCCAUCCUGCUGUACCUGCUGCGGCUGCGUCGCUUCCACCGGCGCAUGAACCAGCGCAGCAUCACCACCACCUCCUCUUCAUCCUCCUCUUCCUCCGUGCAGUGGGCCGAGCAGGGCCUGGCCUCGCCCUCCGUCCUCGUCACACUCUAGCCUGCGGACCGGAGGAGCCGCCAUGUCAAGGCCUUCGGUCAAAAGGCGGGCCCAGACCGCUCGCUUGAGGCCCCACGGGACUGGAUUGGAGACCCCGGCAAACUGGGGGAGGGGGGUUCUCCUUGUGUGAAAUGAGCUGGGGCAGUGACGUGUUUUUUGAACGGAAUCUCGGGUUUAAAAGAUUAGACUGCUGCACAGCUGUGGUCGCGGCCUUUACUGUAAUUAAGCAAUGAGAUUUUUAAUGAUUUCUUUCGUUGUUUUUGUCCUGUGUUAAUUUAUUUUUUGUCAAUCAUGUUUGCCUUUUUAAAAAUACGAAGGAGGCUCUGAGAGUGCAAGGGGUGGUUGAGGUCGGGGCUUUCUCAUUGGGGCCACACAGGAACCGGUCCUUGAUGGUGGAGAUGGCUGGUUUUCCGUUUGGGUCCCCUGAGUGACGCUGCCAAAGAGAGUGCUGUAGGAAUGUUGAAGUAUCUUGACUGAAACGGCAUUUUUACUGGACAUGCAUCCCCUGGUACUGCCACUAGGUGGCAAUCUCUCCACUCCGAUACACUUAAAUGACACAGUGCAAAGCACUGUUACAUUUACCCCUUUCAUUAAAGCCGUGCACGGCGAGAGGGUCCUAAGAAUCCUGUAUUCUUGAUGUGAGCAUGAGCUCCGGAGCGAAAAGUCAAACUCUGCAUGAGCGUUGCUGGUUUAGCAUGUCAUAAUGGAUGGUCAAAAUAAUCAGAACUGUGUGAAUACUGUGCUGUGAUCCAUCCCGAAUGUCGGUGUAGAAACCCUGGACAUAGGAAGCGAAUCUACCGUAUUUCAAGCACGUUCCACUUUCGGACUACUCCCGUCAACCUGAGACUACAGGGAAGUCUGUCGCGGAAGAGCCACGUCGGUGCCUGUUGUAGGUGUGUGUGGCGGGAGGAAGCGCCGUCAUAUCGCAAGCGGGAACCAGAGGCUCGGAGUCCCUUCCGUCUCGCGUUUUUAGCGUAUCUUUUUAACAUUGUAAAAGGUCUGCGAACAAUGGAUAGUGUACACAAGCUGUUGCCAAGAACUGCCUUUGUGGUGAAAGUCUGUUUUUUCUUAUUCUUUUUUUCUUUUUGUAACAGAAUUUUCAUUCUAGUGUCUUUUUUCCAUCAGCUGUACAGGUAGCAUUUCUCAGUGGUCUCAGACUUGUUACACGGAGGGCUGUGUACAAGCAGGUUUUCAUUCCAAUUAAUGCUGCCUUAAUUGAUUCCAAUUCCUCAUUCAGCCAUAUGCAUUUAACUGCAUUAAAGCACAGAAUAAAAACAACUUAGACAACGCUAAGAACAUAUUUCACUUUAUAUGCAGUAUGCAAAACUACAGCCCUAAUUCACCAAAUUGAUAUAAUUAUAUAAUCAAGGUCUUCGGCUGGAUUAAAAGCCAGCAUACACACGGACCUCCGUGGCAUCAGUUUAAGACCACUGCUCUGAACAAAAACAGUGCAAUAAGUUUUCAUUGUGGUCUUAUCACUGUGGAGGGCGUCUCCCACUGACGUCGGCUUUCAGCGAGACUGAGGGCCUGAGCGCUUAUGGGCAGGUUGGAUGUGGAGGUCUGUGCCUUGUGCCAGUAGGUUUGUGGUAAUUGUAGGGGGAAGCAGAUAUCAGGUGGAGACUUCUCUGUAAUCUCUUGCAAACACCCAGCUUCAUUUUUAGAAGCUGUGGUGUCAAUGCUGUAUGCACAUAGUUUGUGAAAGACAAGAUGCCAUAUUUAUAACAUGUACAGAAAACAGUUUAUGGUUGCACGAAGGAGUGUCAUUGGUAAUAUUGCUGACAAUCUUGUUGCUGUUUAAAGAAAUAAAAGAAAGUCCACUGCU